AUGGAAGAACUCACAAAAACUUGGAACAGCCUAACUCUCUCGAAAUGUGAAGGAUCAAACUUUCGCAUCAAGGAGGAGGAGGCGAAAACGGAGUUUAUUUUAGCAGCUAAAUUCUUAACUAAAAAAGCUCUUAAUAUAGAAGCCAUAGCAAAGACUUUCACUCCCCUUUGGAGAUCGAAAAACGACCUCAGAAUUAAAAAGGAAAGUGACCAUGUGGUUUUAUUUUCUUUUGAUGAUAAGAGCGAGAUGGAGAAAGUUAUGGAAGCUGAGCCCUGGAGUUUUGAUAAACGUUUAAUGGUCUUGCAAUGGUAUGGAAGGGAAAUGGACGUAGGAGAUAUGGAGUUUAGAAAGGUGACAUUUUGGGUGCAAGUUCAUGAUCUUCCAAUAAGAUUCUGGACAAAAAAGAUUGCCGAACAGUUGUGUGAAGCGAUUGGUGAGGUGAAUAAAGAGAUUGCUGAAGCAGAGUCAGAGGGAGAUAAUUUCAUGAGGGUUCAGGUUACUAUAGAUAUCACCCAACCUUUGAGUAGAGGAAAAGUGGUCUUACUUGACAGUGGUAAGGAACUGUGGGUGCAUUUCAAGUAUGAGAGGCUUCCAAGUUUGUGCUUCUGGUGUGGAUGCUUGGGGCAUGAAGAUAGGGACUGCGAACUAUGGGUGGAUAGUGAAGGAAGCCUCCUGCCUGAGUCACAGCAAUUCGGCCCCUAG